UAGAAAACGCAAGGCAACAUGAAAAUUGGCCAGACGCCAGUUGGGAUCUCGUAGAAAAGGCAAAGCAAGUCCCAUUUCGUAAAGGACACGCUAACUGUGCGCAUACCUGGCAAAGGGAAACGGAACGAAACACACACUCAUAAACACAUACAGUGCUGAUUGCCUGCUGUGAGCGAAGGAAAGAGGGAGAGAGAGCGCGCUGUUAUUGUUGUUGUCGUCAUUCUCGGCUGCCAGGUAGCAUGUCGUUUUGUCCAGUUGACGCUCAUCUCACGGGAAGUGAACAACGUCGACGCCGCACCGCCGCUUGGAUUGGAACAAUGGAUGCACGAAUUAUGCAAGCAAACGGCGGCACCUUCCAAUGGAGUCCAGAACGUGAGCAGCCGAUGCUGUUGAAUGCCUGGACACAAACCGAGAGCGAGGACUUUGAGCUGCUGCGUCGCCUGGAGCCAAAGGAUCCCUCGCUGCAGGCCGAGAAUCAUGCGCUGCGCGACAAGCUGCGCUAUCUGGAGACGAAGCUGCAACAGCACACGGAUCUCUUGUCACAAAUUCACGCCACCUCGGCACGCAUGCAACUUGCCACGGUGCAGACGACACCGUCAACGCCGCCCACAGCACAGCAGCAGCUGCUGACGCCGCCUAGCUCGGUGAUCUGUGCUCCAGCUGCAGUUGCAGCUCCAAUUGCUCCAGCUCCAGUUCCAAUUCAGUUGCAACAACAGCCUCAGCGUGCCGAGGUCAUUGACUACAAGAUUGUGACAGCAGCCGAUGAUGCGGAUGCCAUUGAAAUCCGCUUGGCUGCCGAGAGUUUGAACAGCUUGAGCACCUCGGCUGAUUCGGAUCGCUUGGAGAUUUGUCUGGGCGGAGAGGAGCAACAGGUGAUCAAGCGACGCAAGGUGGAGCAACCGAAGACAUCGACGCCAGCGCCGCUGCAACAGUCGAACAACAAUGUUUACAAACUGCCCACGCGACGCAGUAACAACAAAAACAAUAACAACAAUCACAACAUCAGCAGCAACAACAACAACAACAGCUUAAAGAUCAAGGAGGAAGUGGUUGUCAAGGAGCAACAGCAACAGCAGCAGCAGCUGAACAACGAAGUCAUGGUCUCCAUUGGACCCAACAACACCUGUGUGCCAGCCAGCGUCUUUGAGAACAUCAAUUGGUCUGUUUCCUCGCUCGCCACACGCAAGUUGCUGGUUACGAUUUUCGAUCGCGAAACUCUCGCCACACACUCGAUGACUGGGAAGCCAUCGCCUGCUUUUAAGGAUCAGCAGAAACCGUUGAAGCAAAUGCUGGAUCCGGUCAAGAUACAGGACAUCAUUUUUGCCGUCACCCACAAGUCGAAUGCCAGCGAGAAGGAGGUGCGCAAUGCCAUCACCACAAAGUGUGCUGAUGAGAACAAAAUGAUGAAGAUCCAGAAGGGAAAACGUUGCAGUCUCGUGGGCAACGACAAGGAGAAUAUGCCAUAGAGAGCCUUAGCGAUAACAAUUAUUACUUAUUAGACUAGUUUUAUGUGUAGUAGCUAUAGCACCCAAAAAAAAAAGGAAAGGAAAGGAAACCAACCAGAGCAGGAUGCAACAAAAUACGGAAGCAACUUUGUAUGCAGUACAAACUUGAAGAUCUCUCGCGGUUACAAUAUCAAGACUGUAACUCGAUUACGAUUACUAAUACGAAUACGAAAACUAAAGCUAGGGCUAAACCAUCCCUGCAGGGUGUGCAACCCUUAAGGGCAUCCAUCCCUCCAAUUGGAAGCGCAAGCUUGCGACUGACCAAAACAAGUACUUAUCUAGUAUGUAGACAAUAUAUUCAUAUAUAUAUCUAAUCAGAACAUUAUCUUUCGAUUUUGUGCUUACUCUUGAAUAAAUUUGUAGCGCAUCAAAAA